AGUUUUCUCAAGGUUUUCGUCGCGUUAUUUACGAAUGUUCUAAUAAAUUCUGAUCUCAAUUUGUAAAUAAAUGUUUUGUGAUGGUAAAUUAAGUAGAUCUAAUCAACAGUGACUUUUAACAUGGCUACCUCAAGUGAAACAUCUGAUCAAAACGUAAAAUCAAGGCGACCAGCUGAGUCGGCCUUCAAACAGCAACGUCUACCAGCAUGGCAACCGAUACUUACGGCGGGCACUGUUCUCCCAACGUUUUUUGUAAUUGGCAUCGCGUUUAUACCCGUAGGAAUUGGUCUACUGUAUUUUUCAGAUGAGGUAAAAGAGCAUGUUAUAGACUACACAGACUGUGUAAACGAGGAUAAUAUUACAUGUGCACAAUUCAUUAAGGAAAAUAACAUGGAGACAUGUGUCUGUCAAAUACCGUUCAAUUUAACUGAAGACUUCAUGGGUGAUGUCUAUUUCUACUACGGACUGAGUAACUACUAUCAGAAUCACCGAAGAUAUGUCAAAUCGAGGGAUGACAAUCAACUGCUUGGCCGCUUGUCUCUGACACCCUCUUCAGACUGUGAGCCUUUUGCAUAUGCCGAAGAAGAUGGAAAACUGAAGCCUGUUGCACCAUGUGGUGCUAUUGCUAAUUCACUGUUUAAUGACACAUUAACUGUUUUUUCUCAAGAUUAUAAAAACACAGAAGUACCUGUUCUGAGGACUGGCAUUGCUUGGACCUCAGACAAAGAUAUCAAGUUUAGAAACCCACCAGGGGACGAUCUUAAAGUUGCAUUUGCAAACUUUACCAAACCAAUAAACUGGCGCAAACAUGUUUGGGAGCUCGAUCCUAUAAACAAAGACAACAAUGGAUUCCAGAACGAGGACCUGAUAGUGUGGAUGCGCACGGCUGCACUGCCGACAUUCCGCAAGCUGUACCGCCGCGUCGACCACAACCAUGACGGCUUCAAUGUCGGACUCGUCAAGGGACAGUACACGCUGCGGGUUGAGUACAAUUACCCAGUGAAAGAGUUCAAAGGCACCAAGUCGUUCAUUGUAUCGACGACGUCGCUGCUCGGAGGCAAGAACCCGUUCUUGGGUGUGGCUUACGUGGUGGUGGGCACGCUGUGUCUGCUGCUGGGCAUCGUGCUACUCGUUAUACAUGUGCGGUGCUCUAAGAGCACCACUGAGAUGAUCAACGUGAACCCUCGUACUCCAUAUAAGAUAAAAUUAGUAGAAGCGACAAUGAUCUGGCGCGUGCUGUGUCUGCUGGCGUUGGGCGCCGUGUCCGCCCAGGAGGAGUUGUUCAAGUUGAACAUCAUACACUACAAUGAUUUCCAUGCUCACUUUGACGAGGUAUCCCCCAACGGCGGCGCGUGCAACCCGGGCGACGACAACUGCAUCGGCGGUUUCUCGCGCCUCUACACGGCCGUGUCGCAGGCGCUGGAGGCGGAGCCCGACUCGCUCGUGCUUAACGGCGGGGACACCUUCCAGGGAACCAUCUGGUACAACUUCAUGCGGUGGAACGUCAGCCAGCACUUCAUGAAUAUGCUGCCCCAUGACGCCCAUGUGCUGGGUAACCACGAGUUCGACCACGGCGUGGAGGGUCUGGUGCCGUACCUCGAGCAUCUCCAAGCGCCCAUGUUGGCCGCCAACGUCAACACCACGUUCGAGCCCGACCUCACACCGUACCUCAAGAACCAUAUCAUAGUCGAGAGAAACGGACGAAGGAUCGGUAUCAUCGGGAUAUUGCUGCGAACGUUCUCAGCGCCGAUCGGUCAAGUAAUAAUGGAGGAUGAGCUGGAAGCGGUGAACCGCGAGGCCGCCAUCUUGACCGAGCAGGGAGUCGACAUCAUCAUAGUGCUGUCACACGUCGGCUACGACAGCGAUAUUAACCUAGCGUCUCGUAUGCCGUCGACGGUGGAUAUAAUAGUGGGCGCUCACUCCCACACGUUCCUAUACACGGGAGAGUCGCCCGACGGCUCCACCCCCGCCGGCGAGUACCCCACCAUCGUCACACAGGAGAACGGACACCAGAUUCUGAUUGUCCAAGCAUCGUGCUACACUCGCUACUUAGGCGACUUCAAGCUGUAUUUCAACGACGAAGGAAAAAUAGUCUCUUGGGAGGGCCAGCCCAUCUAUCUCGGCACAUCCAUCGUUAAAGACCCCCACAUGGAGUCGCUGCUAGAGCCGUGGCGGGCGGAGGUGGACGCGGUGGGCAAGGAGGUGCUGGGCAAGUCCCUCAUCACCCUCAACCGCUCCUGGUGCUAUGCAGGCGAGUGCAACAUGGGCAGCUGGGCUUGUGAUGGUCUGCUUGAGGAGGUGAUGUCGCGCGCUACGGGUACGGCGUGGGGCUACGCGCACGUGUGCAUGAUCAACGCCGGCGGCCUGCGCGUGCAAAUCAAUGAAGGAGACGUAUCCAUGGAAACCCUGCUGAUGGCGGUGCCGUUCGAGAACUACGUGCAGGUGUACGACCUGCGCGGCGACCACCUGCUGGAGGCGCUGGAGUUCUCCGUCGGCGUCGCGCAGACCGGAGACAGCUUCAACAGCGGACGCAUGCUGCAGAUUGGCGGUAUGCGCAACAUCUACAACGCGUCCGCGCCGAUCGGGUCCCGCGUGACGGCGACCAUCCGCUGUAUAGACUGCGACGUGCCGCGCUACGAGCCGCUCGACCCCGCCGCCACGUACCGCGUGCUCACGCAGAACUACAUCGGCGACGGCGGCGGCGGCUACACGAUGUUGGCCGACAACCGGGAGAAUCUGAUAAACCUGGAAGUGGACUUCGAGAUGCUGGCGCGCCACGUGCGGAACACCGGCACCAUCUUCCAAGACCUCGACGGACGGAUACAGAUCGUCAAUUAAUAUAAAUAAAU